AUGAAGACCUCCCUCUUGCUUGUAUGCACACUGCUGGUCUGUCUGUAUGGCUCAGCCCUGGGCCGCAGGCUUCACCUUGGCGCCUGCGCCCUGACCGUCCACACUCAUGAGCUGAGACAUCAUUUCCACCAGAUCCGCCAUAACAUGCUUACUGAAGACAACCAAAAGGGUGUACGGUUGCUGAGAGGCGACAUGAUGAAGAACUUGCAGGCCACAGAGAGCUGCUGCUUCCUCAGGCAGGUCCUACGAUUCUACAUUGAGAAAGUGUUCAACACCUACACAAGCAGUCAUUCCCUUCACCGGAGAACCACCAGUGUGCUGGCCAACUCUUUUCUCAGCAUCAGUAAAGACCUGCAAGCAUGUACACAUUGCCAGUGCAACGCGGAAACCAUGGAGAAAUCUGAUGCCAUUCAGGCCAACUACAACAAGCUGGAGCCAGCGGCAGCAUCAGCGAAGGCAAUCGGAGAGCUAGACUCUGUGCUAGAGUGGCUGGAGAGUUUCCGCAGCAACUGA